AUGCUAUGCCGUCUACAACUGCAGAACGAGACAUCAACACUGCAGCCGAUAGACAUUCAGUGUAUGGCUAGCACAUUGUUGGCGAUUCCAGAGAAGAGCGAUUGGCUUGCGACCCUGCAACCACAACAACUAAAGCAAUGGUUACAUGACUUGGAAAUUUUUACGAGCGAACAUUCGGGCGAAAAAGCAAAUUAUCGAAGACGAAGCAAACUUUAG